GGCGGUAUUGACGAGUCAUUUGCCUGGGAGAGCAGAGAGUAUUUAAGGAAGCUUUGUAUAGGAAAGGAUGUCACUUUCAGAGUGGAUUAUACUGUACCAGCCAUAGGGCGAGAAUUCGGCUCAGUUUUCCUCGGCGAUAAGAAUGUCUCAUUGAUGGUUGUUGCUGGAGGCUGGGCAAAGGUUAGGGAGCAGGGUCAACAGAAAGGAGAAGCUAGUCCUUUCUUAGCGGAACUGCUACGCCUUGAAGAGCAAGCCAAACAACAAGGGUUAGGACGUUGGAGCAGGGAUGUUGGAGUAGGGUUAGUUUACAAAAUUAACGAAGGCGUGGAGUAUAAAGAUUCUUGGGUAGAGAAGGGCUGCUAUGUAUGCAUCAUUAUUGGUUAUUGUGAAGGAGGAGACAUGGCAGAAGCUAUAAAGAAAGCAAAUGGUGUUCUUUUUUCCGAUGAGGUUGUAGGAACUCCAAGUUAUAUGUGCCCUGAGCUUCUUGCUGACAUACCUUAUGGCUCUAAGUCAGACAUUUGGUCCUUGGUCAGGCCCUCAUCAAAAGCAUGCUGCGGAGAAAACCCAGAACUUCGGCCGAGUUUAUUUCCUGUUCUUUAUUCUUUUUUUAACACUUUCCGAAAAUGUUUUACGUAGGAGAAACAUUAAUAUAAGCAUGCGAAUGAUUUGCCAUUGCCUUAGAUAAUCUAAAUGAUUCCUAAUUCAUUAAUUAGGACUCAGCUAGUUGUGUUUGUUCUAGCUAAUAUAUUGCCAUUCAUAGUCAUCGGCAUAAGCCUUUUCUAGUAAGUUUCUCUAAUAAUUUUAAAUCCCUGUAAUGUAUCUUCCAAAAUUCGAAGCCAAGACAUUUUUAAGGUACUUAUUGGUUUUAUGUUUCAAUUGGAUUUAACUUUUGUGGCUUUGUAUAUAAGGUAGUAAUUUUUUGAUUGAGAAUUGUGAA